GUCGGCCACGUUUCGCCAUCGGCAGGCUUGUUACUAAGCCACUCGUCAGUUAUUUGUAACUUCUUCUUCAUUUAUCACGUUAUCAAAGUAGUAUCUUUUAAAAAUGAGUGCUCCAGGAACUGCCCCUGCGUAUAAAAUUGGAAUAGUAAAGCAGGUAUUGUCAGGAGACACGAUUAUAAUAAGAAAGGCGCCGAUAGGAGGGCCUCCACCUGAGAAAGUAAUAGCGCUUUCGGGAGUGACGGCCCCGAAACUAGCUCGCCAGAGGACCGCCAAUAACGACAAUGAAACUAAAGAUGAACCAUAUGCAUGGGAAGCACGGGAAUUUUUACGGAAAAAGCUUGUCGGCAAGGAAGUGAUUUUCACCUCAGAGAAGCCUCCCAAUUCCGCCACCAGGGAGUAUGGCUAUGUGUGGGCCGGCAAGGACCCCACUAAAGAUGAGAACAUUACUGAGGCACUCCUUGCUGAAGGUCUGGCCAAAGUAAGAGAGGGUGGAAGAAAUAUACCACAACUGAAGAGGCUUGUUGAAAUCGAGGAUGUCGCCAAAUCGCAAGGAAAAGGCAUCUGGGGAACAGACCUUCAGGAGCACAUUCGAGAUGUCAAAGGUGUCAUUGAGAAUCCAAAAGCCUUUGUAAACAAAUUCAAUGGCCAGCCCAUUAAGGCUAUUGUUGAGUAUGUCCGAGAUGGAUCAACAGUCAGGCUAUGCCUUCUGCCGGACUUUUACCAGAUUACACUUAUGCUGUCUGGAAUCAGAUGCCCAGCAGUAAAGCAAGAUGGCGAAUCAGAACCCUACGCUGAAGAAGCUCGGUUCUUUGUAGAAUCUAGACUGCUGCAGAAGGAUAUUGAAGUGAUCCUAGAGUCUGUAAACAAUAACAACUUUGUGGGCACCAUCUUACAUCCCCAAGGAAACAUUGCCGAGGCUUUGCUCAGACAGGGAUUCGCGAAAUGCGUUGACUGGUCUUUAGCAGUCAUGAAAUCUGGUGCGUCGACCCUGAGAGCUGCCGAACGCGCGGCCAAAGACGCCAAGCUGCGCAUCUGGACCAACUACGUGAGCAAUGCCCCGAUCAUCGCUGCCAAGGACAAAGAAUUCAGCGCCACCGUGCUCGAAGUGGUAAAUGGUGACGCCCUUGUUGUCAAGAUGUCCAAUGGCACCACCAAGAAGAUAUUCCUUGCCAGCAUCAGGCCACCUCGCGAAAAGAACAGCCCAGAUGAAGAAGGGAAGCAGUCACCAAGGCCUAAAGGUUUCAAACCCCUCUAUGACAUUCCUUGGAUGUUUGAAGCUCGAGAGUCCCUCAGGAAAAAACUUGUUGGCAAGAAGGUUAAUGUGACUGUGGACUACAUCCAGCCUGCUAAAGACAACUUCCCAGAGAAGAUUUGCUGCACUGUGGUAGCCAGUGGAACUAAUGUUGCUGAAGCGUUGGUGUCUAAAGGUUACGCAACAGUUGUCAGAUACAGAAAUGACAAUGAUCAGAGAAGCUCGCAUUACGAUAAACUGCUAGAAGCGGAACUGAAGGCGCAGAAAGCCGGUAUCGGUGUCCAUGCUAAGAAAGACAUCCCCACGCACCGCGUCCAGGACACGAGCGGUGACGCUGCCAAGUCCAAAAAGUUCUUCCCGUUCUUGAAGAGGGCACAAAAAACAGAAGCAACUGUAGAGUUUGUAGCGAGCGGUUCGCGUAUGCGACUAUAUAUCCCCAAGGAAUCUGUCGUGAUUACUUUCCUGCUAGCUGGAAUUAACUGCCCUCGAGGUGCCCGCCCGGCCAUCGGCGGCGGCGGCAUGCAGGACGCUGAGCCCUUCGGCGAAGAAGCCUUGCAGUUUACUAAAGAGAAGUGUCUACAACACGAUGUAGUGGUUACCAUCGAAGAGAUGGACAAAGCCGGCAACUUCAUCGGCUGGCUGUGGGUGGACAACGAGAACCUGUCCGUGUCGCUGGUCGAGCACGGGCUCGCCUCUAUGCACCACACUGCCGAGACCUCCGAGUUUGCAAGAGUUAUUAAGAACGCCGAAGAAAAUGCGAUCAAGAAGCGUCUCGGUAUCUGGAAAGACUAUGUCGAAGCAGAAAAGGAGACUGAAAGAGAAAAGAAUGCACCAGUCCAGGAUCGUGUCGUGAAAUACGAGAAGGUCAUCGUGACUGAAGUUACACCAGAAGGGCACUUUUAUGCUCAGAGCGUCGAUUUGGGCACUAAGCUAGAGGCUUUGAUGGAAAAGAUUCACCAAGAGUUCAAGGCUAACGCUCCUCUGCCCGGUUCAUAUGUGCCACGGAGAGGAAAUGUUUGCGCAGCUCGUUUCUCUUUGGACGAUCAAUGGUACAGAGCGAAAGUGGAAAAAGUGGCUGAAGACAAAACUGCUCAUAUCUUCUACAUUGAUUACGGAAACCGCGAGGUUGUGAGCAGCACACUGCUGGCGGCGCUGCCGGCGGGCACGGAAAGCGACCCGCCGUACGCGAGCGAGUACACGCUGUGCUGCGUCAAGUUCCCGGCGGACCCCGACGACAGGCUCGAGGCUGUACGCGCGCUCUCCAUGGACACGCUCAACAAGAAGCUGCUGCUCAACGUGGAGACGCGCGGCUCCCCGCCCGCCGUCACCCUCGUUGACUCCACCACCAAUCUUGAUCUCGGCAAGAAUCUGAUCAAGGAAGGGCUCGUGCUGAUGGAGAGCGUGCGCGACCACCGGCUGGCAGGGCUGGUGAGCGAGUACCGCGCGGCGCAGGAGCACGCUAAGAGCUCGCGGCUCAACCUGUGGCGGCACGGCGACAUUACUGAGGACGACGCUGUUGAGUUCGGAGCGCGCCGCUAGCGCUCGCUUCCUUGGUACGAUGCUACCACCUCGCCUUCGCACACGCUCUACUGUGCCACGUGCACUCAACUACACGUCGAAACCAUCGUCUACACCCUCAUAUACGAGUUUUUGUGAAGGCAACCAUGUACAUAACAUGUCUUUAAAACAUCUCCCGCUAUGAGAAGUGCAGUGUGCAGCAUAUACAUAUGAAUUUUAAAGAGUUGUGACUGUGAAUGAACAUUCUAUAUGUAUCUCCGAUGUAUUUAGAUAUCAUAUUAAUGUUGUCUUCCCAAAAACGUGAAUCUGCUAUAAUUCUCAAUAUUUGAAUCAUGAAUCCAUAUAAUUUUUUUUUUUUGUUUUGAAUGAUUAGGAUAAUGUGUCAAAAAUUGAUUUAUAUUGGUACUAAUCAGUAAUUUAUAAGUUUAUAGUGUUUUGCCCCGCGAGCAGUGACGGUGAGAGGAUGCAUCCUAUUCGUACUUGUGUGUGUGCACGCAUUACUACGUUAAGUAUGGUUGUAAGUAGGUAUUCUUUCUUGUUAGAGGGACCUAUUGUGAACAUCCAUGAUUUAAAAUAUUUACUACUUAUAAUGAACUUCUCUAUUUUUGUGAAUACAAACAACCAUGAAUUUAUAAUUAUGUGAAAGAAAACAAAUUGUUGAACAUAAUUUUUGAAUUUUUUACAUUUUAGUUUAUCAGGAAAUACAAAUAACGUAGUGUUUAUUAUGUCGUUGUUAGUUUAUUUAUUUCACAUAUAAAAUCUAUUAUCAUAUCAUGAAUUACUUUCACUGUAGCUUAAUUAACUCUUGCUUAAAUUGUAUAUUUUGUACUUUGUUGAGACAUGUCUGCUAACCGCCGCUCUACUAUUCCUAAUGGAACUCUCUUUCUUUCAAAUAAUAGUUAUUUACUAUUUUAAGAGCCA